AACCACUCGAUUAACGCGUAAACAAUUUGAGAUUUUCGAGUGUUUGUACGUUCAUUAACAAAGCAACACAUUAAAUCACAUUUAAUCGCCAACUGCUGAGUGUGACGGUGUCAGUGACUCGCGUGUUGUUCGGUUAAAAUGGCGAAAUUCAAUCCUAACGAGCACCAACACUUACGUUACAACCCCUUAAGGGACGAAUGGAUCCUAGUGUCGCCCCACCGAGCCCUACGUCCCUGGAGUGGCCAAACGGAGACCCCACAGGUGGAGAAGACCCCACGCUUCGACCCCAGGAACCCCUUAUGCCCUGGGGUGGAGCGGGCAAGCGGAAUCGUCACUCCUCACUACGAGUCCACUUACGUGUUCACCAACGACUUCCCUGCUCUACUGGAGGAAGGACCGGAACCGGAAGUGAGUGACGAUCCCUUGUUUCAGACCAGGAGCGCUAGAGGGACUUGUCGGGUGAUGUGUUACCACCCCUAUUCGGAUGUGUACCUCACAAGCCUGAGCACCAAAGAGGUGGUGGAUAUCAUCAACGAGUGGGUGAAACAAACCGCUGAACUAGGAAAGAAGUACUUAUGGGUGCAACUGUUUGAGAACCGCGGUCAGCUGAUGGGCUGCUCCAACCCCCACCCCCACUGCCAGGUCUGGGCCUCCAGUUUCCUGCCGAACGAGGCUAAGAUCAAAGACGAGAACUUGCUGCGCUACUUUGAGAAGCACGGCAGACCCUUACUGCAGGACUACGUGCAUAAAGAACUAGCGAAAAACGAACGGAUCGUAACGGAGAACGAGGACUGGGUCAUCCUCGUCCCUUACUGGGCCGUGUGGCCCUUCGAAACCAUGGUACUGCCCAAAAAACCCUUACAACGGUUCACGGACACCAGCGCCCCCCAGCGGGAGAGUUUGGCGAGGAUCUUGCAGAUAAUCGUUGCCAAAUACGACAAUUUGUUCAAGUGCAACUUCCCGUACUCGAUGGGGUGGCAUGGGGCCCCCACUGGGCCCAAAUUGGAGGAGGACAUGCCCCAUUGGACAUUCCACGGGAUCUACUUGCCUCCGCUGCUCAGGUCAGCCACGGUGAGGAAGUUUAUGGUCGGUUACGAGCUGUUAGCACAGGCCCAGAGGGACUUGACACCCGAGAAGGCCGCAGAGAUGUUAAGGGAGCAAUGCAAUCAGAGAUUUUCGUAAAAUGUGUCGUUUUUAGUUUAAUAUAUCACUAAUAGAUGGGA